CGGCCAAUGUUUGUUUCGACUUUCUAAACAAACCAGAAAAUUCUCACACCGAUGGAUCUCGCUCCGAUGAAGCGCGACAUCGACGACCUGAUAUCCCAAUUCGCCGCCGCCGAUUCGACUCGCUUGACCGAUAUGAAGCAAGUCUGGCUCUCCAACAAGUUCUCCUACAUCUACGACGCGCGUCCCAGUUGCACCAAUUCCCUCGCCCUCUUCAUGCAAUCCCUCUAUUCCCACUCAAUCGGACACCUAAUCGCUCCCGAUUCCUCCCUGUCACGACGGCUCGGCGGCCUCUACUGCCUCUACUGUCUCUACGAGACCCAGCCCUUGAAGCCCCCUUUCAAGGUCUACCUAUCCCUCGGGGAGCUCAAGAAGCUCCGGAAGCUCGCGGCCGACGCCAGGGUCCGGGGCGUGAGCGCGGCGAGUGCCGUGGUGAAGCGGAUGCUGGAGAAGAAUGCGUUUCUGUUCGGGUGUGUGGAGACGAACGAGGGUUUGAAAGGGAAGGUGGAUGAGUUGACGGAGCUGGAGAACGCGAGGAUUAAAGCGGCGUGCAACAAGUUGUUUGAUGAUACCAAGAUUGAGGAGUUUAUUCACAUGGAUUUGGGGAUGGAGGUUGAUUUGAGCAAGGUGAAGCAGAUGUGUAGGGAUUAUGAGGAGUUGAAGAGGGUUGCGGCGGUGGAGGGCGGUGAUGAAGAGAUGAAGGGGGUUUCGGAAGGUAAGGAGUUGGUUGGGGAUGCGAUGGAGAAGAUUGCCAAGGAGUGGGAUGCUCAGAGGGAAGUGUUUUAUCGGCAGACGGGAUUGAGUCAGAAACUGAAUGAAGAAGAGCAGCAGCAGCAAGAAGAUGACAGUUUCGACAAGGAACUCGAACAAAUGCUCUCUGAAGCUUGAUGGUGACUGUAGGUUUACCCAACGCUUAAAAAGCAAGAAUAUGUUUCUGAAGCAGUGCUUAAUGAGGUCUGAAAUGAUGAGGUUGUGCAGCCCGUAGUUCCAGUAAUUUUCCACCACACAAAGGCAACUAGUUAUCCAUAUGGACAAACAGGAAAUAAUGGGUUUGAGCCAAGUGGAAGAGAUGCGGCUGGGAUUGCUUAAAUGGGAGACCUAGAGGGAGGUUUGGUGCCACUAGGGGUGUAAGGGAAGGUGAUCCUUUGUCUCCUAUCUAUUGACUCUUGUGGUGGAUGUGUCAUAACUCAUAAGUAACAUUGAUGGGGAGCAUAAGAAUUGAGAUUGAUUGAAGGUUUGCCUGUUAGAAGGGAGGGGGUUGAAAUUUUGGUAUUUGCUGAUGAUACUUUAUCUUCAAAUUAUUGUGUUUGCUGAACCUUUUCUCUUGAAGUGAAUCAGAGAUGGUAGGUUCUCUUGUAUAAUGCCCCUUCAGAUCUCGAGGACAUUUCAGUCUCCUCUUCGAUUCCUGCCUCCUAUUACCUGGAUCUGUGAGCUAAUGUUUUAACAUGGUAUUUGGAAUCCUGAUGUAAUCUUGCACUUGUAUUUGGUGUGGUAAUAAGGAAGGAUGCUUUGAGCCGUGCAGCUAUCCCUUUUAUGGGAAUAUACAAACCAAAGCUUUAGAAACACAGGCUCUGCUUUCUGGUCUCAAGUUAAGUUCAUCUUUGAGUUUAAGAAGAUUGAAGUGGAAGGAGAUGCCCAAGGUGUAAUCAAGAGCCUGGCAAGUACUAGUUUUGAUUUCAGUGAGGAAGGAGUUCUCAUAGAUAACAUAAGAGAUUGAAGUUAGAGUUUUGAGUCAAUUUCAUAUGGGUUAUAGCAACGUGCAGCAAAUUUGGAUGGCUCUCUUUUCAUCUUUCGCUGGUCACCUUGCAGUAAAGUUUUUUAAAGAGCUUCAAGGGUUAGCACCUGUUUUACAGCUCACCAGAUUAUUCCAUGGUUAUGUACAACAGUCCACCAGUUACCACGUAACUUUGGCAUUCUACUAAACCUCGAUCUGCUUUCUAUAUCUCCAUCUCUUGAACCCCAUUGUAAUUAUUGAUGAACGUCUGUCAUGUAUUUUUAAUGGCUAGUGUUUUCUUAUUAAUUGAAAAUGUUCCAAGUUGCAUUGGGCGUUUUUUUUUUUUCAA